UCAAUUAGGGUUGCCACACAUGAUGCUUAAUAUCUUCGGUUCCUUUCUUUUCUCUCUCUCCCACGCAAGUUAAAGAACCAAGCACUAGUGCAUUUUCGUAGGUCAUCUGGAGACUCUAUGGCGUUAUCCCUGCACGCACUAACGUUGCCGCCGUUGGAAACUGCACGUCCUCCACACGAAGCCCACUGUCCAGCUCCACGCACGACAAACACCUGCAGGUUGCACCUCUGUUCUUGCUGCCCAAAAACAGAGCACGGUCAAAGCUGCCUCCACGUCCCUUCAUCACAGCCUUCACGUCGAGCUCGGCCUCCGUUGAUCUCAAACCAUUGGCCGCCGUUCGUAGCCGAGUUUUGGAAGUCCCAUAAACUGAACCUUCGUCGCGCAGUGCCGUUGCUUCUUCUUCCUUCAUUGGCUACCAAACCGACGAACUCUUCGUAUGCUCUGUUUUUAUAUAUCAGCUACCAUCCCUUCUUUCUACGCGGGUCUGCAUCCUUUGUGUUCGUUGGCUGAGGAUCAGUAAUAGAGUAUGUGGCAGGAAUAAUUGAGAGUAGUGGUUGAGUACCUUGGAGUACUAGUGCUGUUGGAAGAUUUAUUUAUUAAGAAAUUUGAUUUUAGUAUGUUUAGAUAAUUAUGAAGACUUAAGUAUUAUUUCAGUUCAUUAUAUUAAUAGAGACGUGGAGAAGUUAAUUUAUUUUAUUUGGAUUAUUGUAUUGAGGAAUUGAUGGAUUAUUAUGUGUAGUUAAUUAUAUUAGAAGAAUUUAUGUUUGAUUU